AUGUCCUGCAGUGCGACACCUCUGAGACUCUACGCAGGACGACUUGCAACCGGAAGCUCUGCGUACGCGUCCAGCUGGUGUACGUGUUCCGCUCACAAGUCAUUUGACAAGACUGUUGGGAGAGCAAUGUCGACCACUGCGGCGGGUGCUCGCGUCAUGCAAGCUGCUGUGCCGACAACUGAGAACGGGAGCGCAGGUUCCGAUGCCCCCGUCCUUCGUUUACAGCGCGUGCCUGUGCCUGAGCUCAAAGGACCGAACCAAGUUCUAUUAAAGGUCCUCGGAACUGCGGUCAACCGUGCAGACCUUUUGCAGAAGCGCGGGCGCUAUCCACCACCGCCGGGCGCUUCGGAAAUCCUCGGUCUUGAAGCUUUCGGAAAAGUGGAGGCCUCCAACGUCGACUCGUUUCGCCCUGGUGACGAGGUUAUCGCUCUUCUCCAAGGCGGCGGCUAUGCGAGCUACGCGGUGACAGACAGCGCUACGCUUAUCAAACUGGACCCAUAUCCAGAGUAUUACCUUUCUUUCGAUGCUAGCUUGGGAAAGUUUGAGCGCCGAGGUCCUGAUAGGGUUGCAGCGUGUGCUGGUAUCGCCGAAGCCUUCCUGACGGCGUACCAGCUUUUGAAAUUUGACCCGAGUCUGGGAAACGCAUCUCCAGGUGAGACCGUCCUCAUUCACGCGGGAGCGAGUGGUGUUGGACUCGCUGCCAUACAAACAGCUCGCGAAUUAGGAUUGAAGGUUCUCGUGACAGCGGGCUCUCAGGCAAAAGUCCAGGCAUGCAUGCAGCUCGGAGCGUCGCGUGGAUGGGUGUAUCGCACCCAGCCGGUAGAAAUGCUGGUUGACUUUUGCGGUGGGCCUGAGUCGGUCGACAUUGUGCUCGACUGUGUAGGAUCAUCGUAUGUGGAGAUUCAUCCACAGGUACUGAGAAGGCACGGGAGAUGGGUCCUCUUCGGAACCCUCGGCGGUACCCGUGGUAAUCUGGAUCUCUCCCAGAUCCUCCGGAAAAAUAUUCGUCUCGUCGGAACGACGUUACGUGCACGACCGUUAGCCUACCGCGAGGCCCUCGUGCGAGAAUGGUCCACAUUUGCGAGCCCGCGCUUCGCCAGCGGUGUGCUGCUGCCGGUCGUCGAUGCAAAUGGGAUCUUCCCAUUGAGCGAGUCGGAGGCCGCGCACACUUACGUGGAAAAAUCCAGCAAUAUUGGGAAAGUUAUUUUAAGAGUCGACGUUUGA